GAAAAAGAGCUUCCUCCAAUGCAAAUCGUUGUCGUUAUGGGGCCUAAAACCCCAAAAUCUUCUCUAACAAAUCUGUAUUUCCAAUAAUACCCCUAAACCCUGUCCUCCGCGACACCACCGGAGGAGGAGUCAAAAAUCAGCAAACACGCUUCCGACCACCAAUCAUCGCCGCCGUAUGGCUAUUCCACGGCGGCGCCACCAGCAUCAUCACAGCCGUGUGCGGUUUCUGUUCCCGGCAAUUUUUGCUGUUUCCGCCAUUAUCCUCUUCUUAUUCCUCUUCCUAUCAAUCCUCGCUCCGUCUCCUAAUGAUGAUAAUCACCUCCGCCAUCUCCGUCGUGAUGAUUCAUCGGAAGGGAAAAGCCGUAGUAAUGAGAAUAGAGUGAGUUUAUCUCGUGUUAAGAUCAAUGCAGAAGUUCAUAAUCGUGAUCUCUGGAGUUCGAAAAAUUCAAAGUUUUUCUAUGGAUGCAGUAAUGCCAGCAGUAAAUUUGCAAAAGCCAAAACUAUCACACAUCCGAAUCGAUACUUGUUGAUUGUGACCAGUGGAGGUCUUAACCAACAAAGAACUGGGAUAACUGAUGCUGUUGUUGCUGCUCGCAUUUUAAAUGCCACUCUUGUUGUUCCAAAGUUGGACAAGACGUCUUUCUGGAAAGAUUCUAGUGACUUCUCUGAUAUAUUUGAUGUUGAUUGGUUUAUAAAACAUCUAACAACAGAUGUUACAAUUAUAAAAGAUCUUCCGCUUAGAAGAGGGCAGAUAUGGACACCACAUAGAAUGCGUGUUCCUAGAAAGUGCAGUGACAGAUGUUAUAUAAAUCGUGUAUUGCCUGUACUCAUGAAAAGACAUGCUGUACAGAUCAGCAAGUUUGACUAUCGACUUGCAAAUAAGCUGGAUACAGAUUUGCAAAAGCUUAGAUGCAGAGUCAAUUAUCAUGCCCUGAAGUUUGCGGACCCUAUACUCAAAAUGGGUGAGAAAUUGGUCCAGCGAAUGAGAAUGAGUAGCAAGCAUUAUAUUGCCCUUCACCUAAGGUUUGAACCUGAUAUGCUUGCAUUCUCUGGAUGCUAUUAUGGUGGAGGGGAUAAGGAGAGGACAGAACUGGGAAAGAUAAGACGGAGGUGGAAAACUUUACAUAAUAGCAACCCGGAAAAGGCAAGGAGGCAAGGAAGAUGCCCUCUUACUCCUGAAGAAGUUGGCUUGAUGCUAAGAGCACUUGGAUAUGGAGAAGACGUUCAUAUUUACGUAGCAUCUGGUGAAGUGUAUGGAGGUGAAGAGACAUUGGCACCAUUAAAGGCCCUCUUUCCGAACUUUUACUCAAAGGACACUAUUGCCAGCAAGGAAGAGUUAGAACCAUUUUCUACAUAUUCUUCUAGAAUGGCUGCUCUUGACUUCAUAGUUUGUGAUGAAAGUGAUGUAUUUGUUACUAAUAACAACGGAAACAUGGCAAAAAUUUUAGCAGGACGAAGGAGAUAUUUUGGUCAUAAACCUACCAUUCGCCCAAAUGCUAAGAAACUAAAUCGUGUGUUCUUAAAUAGAAAUAACAUGACAACAGAGGAAUUUUCUUCCAGAGUUCAUACGUUUCAAAGAGGAUUCAUGGGGGAUCCCAAGGAGGUGAGGCCAGGGAGGGGUGAAUUUCACGAAAAUCCAUCAACAUGCAUUUGUGAGGAUGCUGAGGCUGAAAAGAAAAUGGAUUGGGAUCAUCGAAAAAAUGGUAAAGACAAUGUAGCUAAGAAGAAAGACGGUGAUGAUAGGAAGAAAGAUAUUGAGGCAGUUGUUCAUGAUGAAAAUGUAGACUAUGAGCCAGAAAUGGCUGAUCCUGAGGAUGAAGAAGAAGAUGAGGAUAACCCUCCGGGCGAAGUUUCACUUGGUAACUCCAAAACUGAAGUUUUGUCCAAUGGAACAAGUACCGAUUAUGACUCUUCCAUGCCUGAGGAUACUGAGUUGGACGAGUUGCUUUCAGAUUGAGAAAGGAUCAAAGAUUUACCUUUCGAGAGGUUUUGCCUGUAUAUAAACCAGCCUUCCUUAAAAGAGUUCUUCGGGCAUUAACCUAUUUUCAACGUGUUCACUUGUGAAUCCCCGUGGCUGAAGCCUUGACCACAAAGUAACGCGGAUCCACUUCUCCUUGAGAUAUUCAGUUAAGAGUUAUCGGGGAAAGAGCUUGAAAUUAUAGUAUCUUCGAGGCCUAUGAUCCACAAUGCUUGAACUCGUGAUGUGUAGCCGCUAAGAUGGAGCUCCCCGGAGAGGGAAAUUUUUUACUGGUAUAGUGUUCAAACAUUGUUGUAUACAUAGACGAGAAUGUUAAUUGCUAAUUGACUUGCUAACUUUGCUGGGUAAACAUUUGUUUGAGAGUUUAAAUAUAAUCUGCUUUAGUUGUUCUUUGAA